AUGGCUGCUCCUACUGCAAUUUCAAUUCCCCAGCCCACCCACAUUUCUAGUAGUGAAGAAGCCCAGCCCGAAGCUUUGUUAUCUAAGCUAAAACUGUAUGACAUAAUGCUAGGCUCAGCGAAGCCCAUGGGUCUCAGAGCUGCUGUUUUGCUGAAUAUUCCGGACAUAAUUGCCCAGGCCUCAGGCUCUCUUACCCUAGAAGAAAUUGCUGCCCAUAUUUCAGCCUCCACUGAAAGCCCACCUCACAUAGAAUAUCUGUUUCGUCUUCUGAGAUUUCUAGCCUCCCACCAAAUCUUUAGUGAGAUCCCGCAUCAGGAGGACUUCAAGCAAUCUAGAUAUGGCCUUACAGGCCUUUCAAAAUUGCUUGUUAAAGAAACAAGUGAAGGUGGUGUUUCCAUGCAAAAUUAUGUUCCAUUUUUGUUGGGAGCCACCAGCAAUCUUCCCUUCCAAGGAUGGCUGCAUCUGCAUGAGUCUGUGUUAGAAGGUGGCAGCGCCUUCGAUAAGGCUUUUGGUAUGAGUGCUUGGGACUACGCUGCAAACAAUCCUGAAGCGAACAAGACAUUUAACGAGGGAAUGUCUUGUGACACUCGUGCUGUCAUGGCGUCUGUUGUGAAGGUUUAUGAGGAGGGAUUUAAGAAGAUAACUUCUUUGGUUGAUGUUGCGGGAGGUGUGGGAUCUGCCCUGUCUAUCAUUGUGGACAAUUACAAGCACAUUAGAGGAAUUAAUUUUGAUCUUCCUCGUGUCAUCGCUACUGCACCUCCUAUUCCUGGAGUAGAGCAUGUGAGUGGCAACAUGUUUCAGCAUAUUCCUUGUAUAUUAUGGUGA